AUGGUUCCGAACGAUCUCAAUCAUCAUCUUCGCACUCAUCUCUCCCGACUUCCAGCUCAUCCUCAAGAAUGGGACAAGCCGUGCUAUAAGCACACCAUCGACACAAUCGAUGCGGUUUUUCCCGUCAAUCAUCCAUAUGAUUUCUUCUCGUCGCUAUGGCAAAUCGUCAUUGAAGAGCCGUUGAUUCGCGAUCAGACCGUCAUCUACACUCAUCGCAAAAUUGAUGGGAUUCAAGAGGUUCGCAACAUCAUUGGCAAUAAUACCGACAAUUUGAUCCAAUCGCUAUUGUUGUGCUCAAAGAGCACAAUUGAUGAUGUCAUGAGUAUGCAUCUGGACGUUGUCAUAAAAGUGAUGCCAUUGACAACCAUCUACUUCGAAAUCAAUCACAUCGUCGAGAUUCUCGACUCGGUGCUCCCCUUCAUUCUCGUCAAUCCGGAAUUGCGGAUGAAAAUUGUCGGAUGGCUUCGAGGCGGCCGACACGUGACCUCGUCGACGGUCGGCGAGAUUCUCCUGCCGGCCGCGCUCAUCAACUUCUACAUGGGCAAGGAUGUGACGAAGGGCCGAUCGGAGUUGUUGCCGACGAUCGACGAGGUCCGAACGAAGAACGCGCAACUCGUUCGUCUCAUCGACGCGAUUCACAAAAGCGGCCUCUAUUCGGCGGAGUCGAUUCUGAACGCCAUCGUGCCGCAAUUUGUCGCUUACACGCGUGUGCUCAGAGGCGAGCGAAUGUCGGGAAUGGCCGACGAUUAUCAGAGUAUGCUGAGAAUUUUGUCGACGCACUUCGGCGAUAUUCCAUUCUGGAAUGCGAUCGUCGAGAUGCCUGAAAUCGACGUCGACGAUUCUGAUGAUUAUUGCGGGCAAUUGAGUGUGCUUCUUCCAUGCUUCAAAUCGUAUCCGAAACCGCACACGAUCGUCGUCCUUCGCCAACUUCUCCGAUGCAUUCGAUUUUUGAUUCUUGCGUUCGACCCGUCGCCAAUGUUGGUCCUUCGCGACGUGACGCACCGAAUCCUUGACGGCAUGAUGGGCACAACCGAUCAUGACGGCUACGCGAUCGUCGAGAUUCUUGAGAUGACCAUCGAUCUCGCCAAACAAAUGCUCGAGAUGUUCAUCGGUUGUCUGAAAGAGGACGUCGGAAUCGAGUUGAUUCUUGGGAUUCUUGAGAAGAUCGUCGCCAAUUCCACAGGAUACACACGCAUUGAUCUGAAGGAUCAUUUGAUGAUUGCGUUGUCGCCGAAGCGAUUCCGAAAACAUCUCGAGAAAUUGAACGUCGAUGAGGUGAUGGUUCGCGUCAAGAUCCUCGAAUUCCUCUGCUUCCUCUACACGAACUCCUCGAGUGUUCCCAUCGAAUCGCGCCCGUCUUCCGUCAUCUACGCCGGCCGCAAUCCGACACCGCGUUCGGCGUUCACUCCCGAUGAGCUUCGACAAAUCGACGAGUCGGCAAUCUUGGAGGAAUGCGCCGACGCGAUCUACGAGGCGAUCAUCAAAGACGAAUGCCCGUUUCCGAUCGCCAGAAUGGUUGACGUCUACAAGAUUGUCUAUCACACCAUUCCGAAUCAUCGUCGAAUCAUUUGGAAUUCGGCAUUUUAA